AUCACAUAAUCUUGGAAGCCACAAUUCCAAUUUCAGAAAACUAACACAAAAUCUCAGCUAGUCUUCUUCAGAUUUCAUUCCAUCCACAAAUUAAACCAUGCUAGAUCCCGCCGCAAAAUUCGCCCGAGUAACCGACAGUUAUGGCUUCCAAGCUCAGAAAACGCCGCAGAAUUACGUCAAUCACAAGACCUUGAAUGGCUUCCCGGAGAUCGGAGCUGAAAGAAAGCUGAUAGACGAUGAAGAUUCCGGGAUGUCUUCCCCACCUUUGUGGAGAACAAGUCCCCAACAUCGCCAGAACCAUUAUCGCUGUCUUUCUCCAUCGUCGAGAGCUCAAGCGAUUGCCAGAGGCCAGAAAGAGCUCAUGGAGAUGGUGAGUCAAAUGCCUGAGGGAUGUUACGAGUUGUCUUUAAGAGAUAUUGUAGAGAAGAACAUGGUUGAUCAGACUAAGGAAGAGAGUUUUAGUAGAGAAAUGAAAAUGAAUGCAAGGGAAAGAGCAGAGAAGAGAACGAAUGAUAAAAAACUGCAAAUGAGCAGAAGUGGGAGCGUAGACAAUGGAGGGUUUCUUCUGAAGAUGGUGUUUCCGAUUUCUUGGGGUUCAAGGAAGAAGAAGAAGAAGAAGAAUAGCAACAACGUAGUGAUGAAUAAUAGUGUAAGAGAUGGGAGGGUGUCUCCAAAGCCUUUGCUAUUCGAUGGAUCUGCAAAAAGUGUAGAAAAUGAGUGGUGGAAGAACAGAUUCUUGGAGCCGGGAGAGAGUGAAAGCGGUGGAUUUAGUAGCAAUAGUGGAAGCUCAAAAAGCAGCGGCAGAAGCAGUAGAAGUAGCAGCAGGAACAGCACCGCCAGGAAUGGAGGAGAUGGUUGCUGGGCUUUCAUUUUUAGGAAGAGAGGGAAGAAGGAAUGAAGAAUCAAUCUCUUAACUCAGUUCAGGCUUCCUCCCAAAUAAGGUGGUUCAACUCCUAGUGCAAGACAAGAUAAAAUUUUUAAUUGGUGGAAUCAAGAUCAUACUCAGAGAUAAAUGGAGAUAAAGAAUGAAGCUUUUAAGAAGUUAGAAAAUAAGUUGAUAUGUAUAUUCUUACAGUGCUUUAAUAUCUACUAUGAUUGUUCAUUUUAUUGUU